GACUCUAUUUAUAUCAUGAACCUCAAUGUGUUUGUGAGAAUGGCUGAAUGCAUGAAGCGGUCUUUUGAUGAAGUCGAUGGAGGGCGGUUACCGAAGUUUGCAAGGCUGUCUCAACCCACCAAUAUACGUCUUGCAACUGAAAGUGAGAUGUCGGAUAUUGAAAGUGAAAGCGAGUUAAGCUUUCAAAUGAACGAAACAGCAAGCGCUCGUGACACGAGCGAUACAUCUUCAAAGUCAGAGGACUCUGAAUAUACUUUGGCCAGUCUUUCAGAAGGAGAGGUGUCGGAAGUAUCCUCUGGGCCUGAUGAUGUAUGUGUCGUUGGUACCUUUGACCAACUGGUUUCGGAAUUUGGAUCUGAUUUAUCUGUGGUAGCAGAUCUGUCAGAUUUUUCGGACAGAUCGUCAGAUCCAGAAAUCAGCAGAGCUGAUUAUUGGAAGUGUGUUCAAUGUGGUACUACAAACAAAAAUCCUUGCUUUCGACUUUGUAUAAGAUGCUUUAGGGAACGCAAGAGUGGACUUCCUCCUCAGCCACGUCCCAAAAGUAGGAAGCUAACGUCAUCCCAAAGUUCGUCCGGUGGCUUAAGUUCUCAGCAGAGUGGUAGCGUUUCUCUGUUUAAACCCAGUCAAUGCAAAUCAUCACCUGAAAGUGAGAGUCCAGUUGAGGCACAAGAUAGUGGUUUGGGUUUAAGCCAACCCGGGAGUGAUUUCAGUGAUAAUGCUGAACCUAAAUGUGGCUGUUGUUUUCAAAGUCCAGUGGACUCUAUUUUUCUUCAUGGCGAUGUUGCCCACCAGAUAUAUUGUUACAAAUGCAGCCAGAAGAUCUGGAAGGAAAGGAAAAGAUGUCCUUGCUGCAACCGUAUUUCCAAGGUCGUGAAGGUUUACAGAGGACCUAUGAUUGGUGAGCAUUGAAUAAAAAUUAAGUUGAAACAAAAUAGUUAUAAACAAUUGAUUUUGGUCAUAAUGAUUUGGCUUCAUCUAUGGCCUUUUCAUUUUCUAUGUUUGAAGCUGGUGAAAUCAGCUGAGAAAUUGUUGUAGCAAAUAAAUUUAGAACCAAAGAGGGAAAUGUUGGUGAAAUUUGGGUGUAUUAAAUUAACUGGCAUUGGUGGCUACUGUUAUUAGCAAAGAAACCAUGUCACUAUUGUCAAAUAUCAGCAUAGGCUAAUAUGAUUUUUCAUGAAUCACUACUUUCACAACUAUAAUUACUUCGGAGACAAUCCUCAUGCUGAUAUCUUGCAGUAGCCUAUCUGUGAUUUUGACAUAGCCCAUUGGGACCAUUCGCCCUCUUUGUCAAGAACUGUUUUGCUGUUUUUGUUGUAAUCUGUAACAGAAGAUGUACUUCAGGAUAGGUCUCUAAUGUCUCCCAGAUGACCUCCAAGGAGUGGUAAGUCACUUCAGAGUUCCUGUCUUGUGAUCUCUUUGUCUGGCUUGAAUGAAUAUACAUAUCACUAUUGUACUUGGGGGGGAGGGGAGGGGGGGUAGGCUUUUAUCAAUUGAACUCCAUGGAUGGGGUUAGCUUAUGAUUUCCAUGUCAUUCUCUGCGAAGGCGGUUCAGAAUUAAACUAUUUAACUUAUAACUUUUGGGAUUUUAUCAUGUAAACAUAUUAGAUUUUAAUGAGUGGGUGAUAGGGGUUUUGUUUUCGUGCAGCAUAAUCUAGCAGAAAACACUUUUUUCACUCUGAAGUAACCAUAUAUCAUGGAUUUGUCUUGUCUUUUUUGUUUUUUUUUUGGUCUGUCUGUCUUGGAGGGGAAUUUUUCUUUUCUAGAUUCGAGUUGUAACUUUUCUUGCUUUCACUUUUUUGGGUUAGGGACUGUUGUUUUUUUUUUUUUUUUUUUUUAAUAAUAAAUAGUUUUAUUCUGAGAAUGAAAUUUAACACACUCGCAUACUCACUCACACAGUGUCUAUCGUUGAUGGUUUGUGUGUAAGAAAUUGGUAGAAGGGGUUUAACAGUCGCAAACAGGUGUGAGUAUGUGUGUGUUAAGUGGUUAUCUCUCACUUGCGCUUCGUAUACUCAAAUGUUUUGGCUACAGAAAAGUUUUUUUAUUUUAAGGUCAGUCAAAUGCCUUAAGUCACUCCUACUUUGAACUGAUUUGAGUUGCAGCUUGCAGUUGUCAUUAUCUGAUGUUGGAAAAUUAAACUCAUUAAUUUGGGUUGUCAAAAACAUUACUGUAGUAUCUUUGUUUCCUGAAAGAUCUAGAUUUAUUUCAACAUGGGUGUUUUAGGUGCAUACUUUUAAUUAUAAAAUGCUUAUUUCCUUGCAAGAAAAAAUUGUUGACUGAAAGCUUCUGCCUGCUUGACUCACUACUUUGUUGCUGUGACUAUCAUAUUGAUGGGUAAUGCAACUCAAACAAUUUUUCCAACAAUGUUUUUUCAAUGAAAGCAUCUUACUUUGGGCUAAAUUUUUGUAGCUUCAAGAAACUUGCAGAGUUGCCAAAUAAUUAGAAGAAGUAUUAUCAUAUUUCUAUAUGCUUUUAGUUUGGAUCAAAUCUAUCGCAUAGGUGUGUCCAUAAUUUGGGCACUAUGUUUUGGCGGACUUGUCAAGGAGUACAUAAGGGUUCCUUGAUGUGUGCCAUAUCUUCCACAUCUUUCUCAUUCGAAAUCUACCAAUGGUUUCACGUUUCUAGUCGUGUUUUUUUUUUUGGUUUAGAGAUUAAAAGACAAUCUGUUAAUCACAGUUUUUCUAUUAGGUUGUUUAGUUUUGUACAUAAAACUGCUCGGUUAUAGAGCACUUUCCUGUAAAUCAAAGAAAAAAAUAAAAAAGUAUUUAGUGUAUGUGUUCUACACCAGAGCACACAUGUGAUUAACGCUUGAAUAAAUAGGUAUUUUUUCA